AUGAAGCCAUUAAAUGUAUUACACAUGCUUAUAAAUUAUUUUGAUUUAAGCACCUUACCAUCACAGAGAUUAUAUCGGAACAUAAAUGAUGGGUAUUAUGUAAUUAAUGAGGAUAAUUUUUGGGAUGAAAUAGAAUAUAGGAUCAGAAAACAAUCUGAUAUUCCAAUUUCUAAAAAAUUAAUAUCUGGCUUCACUUAUGGUGCAUAUGGUAUAAAAAAUGUUGAAGAAAAAGAUGAAAUUUGGAAUUUUUUGUAUUUCUGGACAGGGGAAAUAAUAUGUAUAACGCAAUCCAAUUUUAUAGAUGUCAUGAAAAUACUAACUGAAGUAAUAUAUAAAUUUGAUGUUCAAAAUGUGUUUAUACGUGAUUUAUUAAGUAUUACAAAUAAAGAUGAUUUUUCAAAAUUGAAGAUGAUUUUUGAUUAUAUUUAUGACUAUGAAAUUGCUAAAAGUACAAUUACUCAAAAUCAUGUAGUAUGCAGCACUCAAUUGAAUGAUCGUCUAAAUAACUAUUUCAUGAAUUAUAUUGAAGUAAAAAAUAAAUGUGACUCAGAUUAUGAUACAUUGUGCCAAAUAUUUAAAAAAUUCAUGGAAAUAAAACAGAAUAAUGGAAACUUAGAAAAAUUAACUUGUCGUGCUGUGAGUGAUAAAGAAAUUAAAGUUAAAGAAGAUGAAGGUUUCCCUAAAACUGCACAGGGAGAUCUAACUUUAAAUCAUGUGAUCAUAUUAAAAAAUACAGAAGAAGGUUCCGAUUUACAGCCAUCUAUUGAAGUAGGAUAUCAUAUCGAAUCAGAAGACCACAUUGUACCAGAAACUCCUGCUGGAUCAGAACCAGUUUCUGGAUUAAACCAGCCUGCUUCUGAUUCAGCAGAUGAUAGAUUAGAACAAGAUUCUGGGGUAGAACCAGAUGCUGAAUUUAAACUAAAUGGUAAAUUUAAACGAGGUGAUGUAUUCGAACAAGCUGAUGGAUUUGAAUCACAUGAUAAUUUAGAAACAUCAACUGUAUCACCAGAAGAUACUAUAUUACAAAAACCAGCUGAACAUCCGGGGUCUGCUGUAACACCAAAACUUACUCAAUCACAAGAAUCUAAUGGGUUAUCAGAAUCUGGCGCAUCGCCAAAACUUACUGAAUUAUCAGACGUUGAUGAAUUACCUGACAUUGUUGAGAUGCCGGAGAUAAAUGUAUCACAUCAACCUAAUGUAGUACCUGGAAGUACCUUAUUGCAGGUUCCUGCAACACCAGAUCCUGUGGGAUCACCAGUAAAUCCUGCAGUAAAUCAAAAUGGACAAAAUAACCCUAUUAAAACAAGCAACUCUCCGAAUGUAAAACCUCUCCCCGGAAUGAAUUCAUUUUUUUCAUCAACAUAUACUAAAGCUGGAGUCAUUCUACUGUUCUUAGGUAUUUUGAUACCUAUGCUUAUUGUGUAUACUCUUUCAGUACUUAUCUCAAAAGUACAGAGUCGCUAUUUCAGGAAAAAGAAAAACCCAUAUCAUAUGUAUUUUGAUAAAACACAUGUAUAUCCAUUCUAUUAUGAUAGAAUGUUAGAGGGAAAAUCGUAUCACAAACAGAAUUAUGUGGGUUAUUAUCCUCUUAUGAUUGAGUAA